AUGACCCAACAGAACAAAAAACAGCUUGUCAAAGUGUUUUUGCUGAAAGACAACGACUGGAAGGACGCGGGGACUGGGAACAUCGAGUUUACUGCAAACGACACGGAGAUCACCAUUUCGAUUAAAAAUGACAUCAAAAACAUAUUAGCCGUCGUGAUGAUAAAGGGAGACGCGUUUGAAAAACAAAAUGAGAGGGUCGUACAAAUACAAGGAAAAGCUUUUCAAGAUGAGUAUGCGCUGUCGUUCAUCGAUCAAAAACUUUGCGCCACAUUGUGCGCAGCCUUUGAUAAACUUGGUGUGCGACAGAUCAAAGACGACGAAACUUUGGAUUUCUGCGAAGAGAACAUGCAAACGUUGCGAGACGCUGCUUUAAAGGCGAUGUCCUCACGCAACUUAAAAGAAUUAACAACGAAAAUUUGUUUGAGUGAUGUCAUCGAAGGUGUCGUUGAAACAGCAAAAAGCCUUGCAGUGACCAAAAAGGAGUUUGUGUCACGCCUUUUCCUAUUCGUUAAAGCACUUUUAUUCAUCCCCGACGAAGCGCUGUUCGACGAAUUGUAUAACCUUCAAAUGGUCAAGGCAAUGUUUGUCAUCUUGUCAUAUGACCAGCAAAUACCACCAAACAACUUCAUCAAUUUCUACGAUGACUUUAAAACGCGAAUGAAACAGAUGGUUGAAAUCUUUGGCAAAACAGAGAAAAUGGCAAAGCUCAUCAAACACGCCUUUGCCCUCGUUUACUUACGUGACGUUGUUAUUGCGCGAUUCGCAGACGAAACGAUUGUCGCUGCGAUCAACAGCCGUCUUGAUAAAAUUAACACGCAAAUAUUCGAUGAGGCUGUUUCCUCUAAGGUGAUCGAAGGCUUUGUGUCAAAAUAUGAGUUUUCGAACACCACCACAAAGCGUGGCAUCUGUAUCGCCACAAAACGCCUUUGUGGGUACUUGGGAUUAUUUCCCCCAAGUGCCCGAGAAGAACGCGCGAAGCAACUUAUAACAGCGGGGAUAACUGAAGUGAUCAAAUACGGGUUGAAUGAUGAGAACAAAGGGUAUUGCCUUGACGUUGUUAGUAUUCUGUUAGAAUCAGGGAGUGUAGUGGCGGUCUCAGUCAUUGAGAAAGGUGUGUUGGAGGAAAUCUCUAAAACGGCGAUCUUGUCGAGCGGGUCGUUUUUAUAUGGUGCGUUCCAAGUGUUGCAGCAAGCCAUGUUUGUGGGGGAGAAUGGUGUCGAGUAUGAGAAGGUGAUGGUGUCUCAUGUUGUUCCGUAUGUUGUGAAUAUAUUGAUCGGCCCUUUUCAAUCCCAACUCAAAAAUCUCACUGAUGUGAGUCAUGAAGAUUUGAAAGGUGAGAUGAAAAGUCAAGAGCACAACGAAGGGAGAGCAAUGAGUUUGGAGCCAAAAGACGCGGUGAGAAGUGAUGAGAAAAGUGAGAUUAAAAUGGAGGAAAGAAGCAUCAUUAAAGACGAAAAAAAUGAGGGAAGUGUCGUCGAAAGCACACAAUCAAAAAAUGAUGAGAAAUGCGAACUCAAAAAGAGAGAGGAGUACGUCUCCCACUUCUGUAAGUUUAUUACUCGAUUGGCAAUGCUCAAAGAUGACGCAGUGAAGACGUACAUCAAAUCGUCUGGUGUCUUACUCAUGUUGUUAAAAGAAUUGGAAUGUGGAAACAACCAGAAGAGAGGAAACGUCUUACGGUCACUACGAGAUAUCAUUGUUGAAUGUGGUAAUAUUGAGUAUAACACAACGCUCGUCGACGCGGGCUUCAUUGAAAUCAUUAAAAAGGAACUCGAUGGGUUGGGUGGAAUGACGCAACCCGUAGCACUUCAAGUACUUGAUAUUUAUAAAGACCGAAUGAGCUUAGUACCGAUAUUCGAAGAGAAAAAAGACGACAAAAUGUUGUUGCCACCAUUACCGCCAAUCACUCCAAUCAAAAGAAUGGCUGACGAAAAAGAAGUCAAAAAGUUGAUGGAGAUGACGUCGCCAUUGAAGAAGAAAGUUGAGAGUGUGUUGGGUGAUAAUGUUAUUCCCGUCAAGAUGGCGGAGGAGGACAGCAGCAAGCCUUGA